GAAGUCAAGCGCGCGCUAAUCGCAGUCGACUCUCGCCCGCCAGUGUGCGAAAGCCAACACAACAUUGCGAAAGCAAUCAUUUUACAAAGUUCUUUGGCAACACUUUGUGAAAUAGUUCGGGCCCGUGCAAUUUCUGUGUUGUGGUUUUGCAGCUAACAGUUUUCGGUCUCCAGCGAUUUACCAACCGAUCUACUGCUGCUGCUGCCUUCGUUGCGGGUUUUUGUGAGUUGUUGUUCGAAAAUCCGCUUGACCCCGCAUCAAAUGCAAUAAAUUCCGAACACUCAAACCAACCUGAUCAGAACCAGGACUCGAUUCCUGAAAGUCAAGACUUUAACCACCAAACCAAUUGUACAAUCAACGAGGAACACCCACUACAAAGUAAUCGUAUAGAAGGACUGCUCUGUGAGCGAAGGAAAAGCACCAACCACUACACAGCAACACAAUGGCCUUAAUUAUGAAAUACAUCGACAGCAUAAGCAGAUACAUAGACUCACAUAGUGACUCAAGGACAAAAGGCUGGCCCAUGAUGUCGUCCCCAUUUCCCACACUGGCCGUUUGCCUCACAUACGUGUAUCUGGUCAAGGUGCUAGGACCCCGGUUAAUGGAAAAUCGAAAGCCGCUGCAUCUGCAGAACACACUAGUCAUGUACAAUGCCAUACAGGUUGUAUUCAGCGCGUGGCUCUUCUACGAGUGCUUGAUGGGCGGCUGGUGGGGCUCGUACAGCUUCCGGUGCCAGCCGGUGGACUACACAGAUAGUCCCACAUCCCGGAGAAUAGGCAUUUCCGGUUGGCUAACUGGACAUUAUAGCUUCCGAUGUCAGCCAGUCGACUAUAGUAAUAAUCCUAGAACGUUAAGGAUGGUUCAUGCCUGCUGGUGGUACUACUUUUCGAAGUUCACCGAAUUCAUGGAUACGAUUUUCUUCGUGUUGCGCAAGAAGACUAGCCAGGUAACCACGCUGCAUGUCAUCCAUCACGGCUGCAUGCCCAUGUCGGUCUGGUUCGGCGUUAAGUUCACCCCGGGUGGCCACAGCACCUUCUUCGGCCUGCUCAACACCUUCGUCCACAUCGUGAUGUACACCUACUACAUGUUCUCGGCCAUGGGUCCACAGUACCAGAAGUACCUCUGGUGGAAGAAGUACCUGACCACCCUGCAGAUGGUCCAGUUCAUCCUGAUCAUGGUGCACGCCUUCCAGCUGCUUUUCAUCGACUGCAACUACCCGAAGGCGUUCGUCUGGUGGAUCGGCAUGCACGCCGUCAUGUUCUUCUUCCUCUUCAAUGAGUUCUACAAGGCAGCCUACAGGAGCCGCAUGAUGAAAAAGAACGGGGCGCUGGCCAACGGACAUGCCAGGCCCAACGGCUACUGCAAGAGUAUCAACGCCCAUGACGACCUGGCCAUGCCGCAGCCAACGGAGGCGGCGGCGACCGCGACGCCCGUGUCAAAGGCCAACGGGAGCACAAACUCUCUGACCAACGGCCAUGGGAAUGGCGUGGCCAAUGGCUACAAACAGCUGGCCAGCAGCAGCGCGCACAAGGGUGCAAACGGCGGGCUCUUGACGAACGGAUAUGCCACCAAGCUCCUGGACGACGCCUCCCAGGAGCUGAAACAGCGGAAGACGCCGAAAUAAUAUCGGGGCAAGGAGGGGCGCCGCCAGCACAGAGCUUAGGACCCGGCGACGGCAGUGCCAGGAGCUUCCUGGGAAGGAGCGAAGCUCCACGAGUCAUUUCCACAGGCACACAUUUUUUCACUUCAACUCACUACUCCACAUCGAAGACCAUUUACAUACAAAACUUCACGCAAUGACACACUUUCAUGGGCAUUUGGGAAAACAUGCUGACUAAGCGCAGAUAGCGGAGGUCGGAACUUAAACUACCACAACAAGAAACUUGCAGAGAUUGCAAAGUAUAUUCUCCAGAGCCCAAAUACCAUGUAUCCGAACACAAAAAUAUGCUAAUGGUAUGCCUGCGUACAUGUUGAGGCAAAUGCAAAUGUAUAGGCAUUGCGAAUGCAUAUGCACCCAUUCUUCUAGCAUACUACUUUAAAUAUGAUUUGUUGCUUCUUUUUCUUUAAACUACUUUAGUUGUACAAAGCUUACUUAUCAUAAGUACCCCAGCGGAUUGUAUAAUACAAAAACCAGCAUACGCAAAUCAAGAUUUCAAGUAAACAAUAAUAUAAACCGAAGCCCAGCAUAAACACUUUAAAAACUAAAGCUAAUGCUUAUUACACUUAUUUUGUGUGAGAGCAAGGAAUUCAACUAUUUAAGUCUAGAAUUUAACUUAUAUAUGUGUGUAUAUAAAUACAUAUAUUAUUAAAAUAAACAAAAAAAGAAGCCAACGGCAAAUUUUGUAAAUGUAUAAAUAAAAAACAAAUUUAAUUUAAAAUUAGGCACAAUAAUUGUUAAAAAAUAUAACAGUCAUUCAUUACAGAAAACAAAGAACGUUUAACAAAAUCUUCAAACGCGAGUAUUGGACAUAUUUUGUGAAACGUUUCCAAGUAUACAAAAGAAAAGUAAUGUACGAAAACAUUAAGAAUUCACAGGCUAUUACCCAUAAAGUUUCAUUAAUUUAUUACAAGUAAUUAUGCGGCUAAAAAAAUUGAACGCGAUAUGAAUUUGCAUCUCUUGAUCAUCAAUAACGGUGCAUACCCAAAAACAUCCACAGAACAUCAAUAUUGAAUACAAAUAGUGAACACAAAUAGACAUAACCAUAAGAUCGAUCCACUUGAAACCGAGCAUUAAAAUCAGUAAAUUGUUGGAAUCAAAAAAAACAAAAUAGACUGUAAGUCCCACAUUCUAGGUAUGCAAUUGCCAUACUUUUUGUAUGCGUAAUAGCCAUUUUUGUGGAGCAGUAUGUAAACAUUACCUAUGUAAUUAUUAUUAUACAAAUACAAAAACACAUGUCUAGAAAAUUAGGUGAAAAUGGAGUGGAGCAUUUUUUCAAUAAAAACACUAAACUGAA